AUGUCUCGUAUUCCUGAACAAGCAACAAAAGCGAGUGGUAACUGGUCUCACUUGUUGGAAGGUAAAGUUGUAAUUGUCACUGGUGCUGGUGGAGCUAUAGGUUCAGCAAUUGCACAAACAUGUGCAUUACAUGGUGCAUAUGUUGUAGUCGCUGAUGUUAACAAAACUGCAGCUGAUGAAACUACAACAAAAAUCAUUGGUGAAGAUUCAAAUAAGAAAGAUCACGCCAUGGCUAUUGAGCUUGAUGUAACUAAUGAACAGUCAAUUCAACAUUUAGUAAAAUCUACUGUGGAUAAAUGGAAUACGAUUGAUGUACUUGUGAAUAAUGCUGCUAUUUUUACAUUUGGUGCAGUUGAAGAUGUAACUGCCGAAGCAUGGUCAAGAAUAUUGGAUGUGAAUGUACGUGGUUAUGCUUUAAUGGCUAAAGCUGUGGUUCCUAUAAUGAAAAAGCAGCAAUCAGGUUCAAUUAUUCAAAUGGGUAGUAUUAGUAGUUGGGUCGCUCAACCUGAAUUUGUACCAUAUAGUACAACGAAAGGAGCUGUUCUACAAAUGACACGUAAUUUAGCACUUGAUUUAGGCCCAUUUAAUAUUCGAUGUAACGCUAUUUGUCCUGGUGCUAUACUUACUCCAGCUUCAGCUAAUCAUGCUGCAAAUAUAAAAGUAACACUAGAUGAACUUAUUAAAGCACAAGAGAAAAUCCAAUGUUUAAAACGAUGGGGUACAACACAAGAAAUAGCGAAUUUAACAGUCUUUUUAGCUUCCAACCUGUGCCAUUUUGCUACAGGUGCUAGCUUUUCAGCCGAUGGUGGUUAUACAACUAUUUAG